UCCUGGGCUCGCCUCCUUCUCGAAGGCGAUCAAUCGGAUCUCAGGCGUACUACAAGCACUCUCUUACGUAGCCAUCCACAAGAAGAGAGCUGAUACAACACUGUUGAUCUGCUCCACCAAAAUCUACCUGUGCGCUUACUGAACCAUGUCGUUGAGCCCAAAGCAUACAACGCCUUUUUCAGUGACAGAUAUUUUGAGCCCAAUUGAGGAGACCUACAAGAAGUUUAGUGGCAUGGAUAGUACAGGGAACCUCGCCUCUCCGCUGGGAGCUUACCGACAACCUCAGGUGUCACAGACUGGCAUGCAGCAGCACUCUAUGGGCCACAAUGCCACUGUGGCAACGACCUACCACAUGCCACACAGUGUAUCCCAAUUUUCGCACAGUGCAAUGGGAGGCUAUUGCAAUGGGAGCAUUGGGAACAUGGGAGACCUCCCGUCCUACCAAGAAACCAUGCGAAAUAGCGCUGCAGCAACAGGGUGGUAUGGUGCAAAUCCAGACCCAAGAUACUCAACAAUUUCUAGAUUCAUGGGACCUUCCACAGGUAUGAACAUGACCGGGAUGGGGACGCUGACGGGCAUGACCGACGGAUCCAAAUCUAUGCCAACUCUCCAUGCUGCGCCCCGGCGUAAACGACGGGUGCUCUUUUCGCAGGCACAGGUAUAUGAACUGGAGAGGAGGUUUAAACAACAGAAAUACCUGUCAGCCCCGGAGAGGGAACACCUGGCCAGCAUGAUUCACCUCACACCGACCCAAGUCAAAAUAUGGUUCCAGAAUCACAGGUAUAAAAUGAAACGACAGGCCAAGGACAAAGCUGCGCAGCAGCUCCAACAAGAUAACAACCUUUGCCAACAGCAGCAGUCCCCCCGGCGAGUGGCUGUUCCAGUGCUCGUAAAGGAUGGUAAACCCUGUCAGAAUGGCUCAAACACACCGACGCCGAACCAACAACAGCAGCAGCAGCAACAACAGAACAGCUCGGGAGUCGUGCUUGUCGCAUCUAGUAACGCUAUGAACCAGCACCAAAACCAACAGGUCAAUGCUUUAGUUCAAGCGCAAGACCUGGAGGAAAUGUCACCAAGCCCUCCCUCUCUUCACAGCCAGAUGAACAGCAUGGCUCAAAUGGACACUUCCGCUGUAGAUUAUACAAAUAACAUGGUCAGUUCAAAUUUGCUCUAUGGCAGAACGUGGUAGUACUGAUCAUAAUAUUUCCUAAAUAUAUCUACUGAAAACAUUAAGCUGGAAAAGGCCAAAAGCAGAUGAAACAUAUCAGGCUGAACUAUCUGGUGAGGACAAUGUAUACCCAACGCGUGACAACGGACAUUAUUCACUUGUAUGGGGGCAUUUUUAAGUAAGACCAUUUUUGACCUUUACUUGACACUGGAGAGGCAAGGUGUUUCUGAACCUGUGAACCGAUUUUGGACUUCCCUUUAAUGCUAACGUAGAAUGUUGUUGAAUGCGAAUGCUGCUCCUUACUCAGCAAUGUUACUCCUUACGGGAAGAUAGCUGAGUAAGAGAUCAGGUAUGAAGUUUUGAUAAUGUAUCACGCGGCGUGACCCUCGCGCCAGACGCCUAAUCAUCGAUGUAAUGGUUAUUGUAAACUAAUGUAUUCAAAUAGAAGUUAAAGUAGGAAUUGUAUAUUUGGCUAACACUGCUUUUACCUGUAAUAUAAUUGUUUUGAAUAAUUUUGUUUUAUUCUCCAUUUUGUAAGUUAAGAUAAACAAAUCAACCAAUUCAAACAACCAACAAAUACCUGAUGGCUGCUGUAUAUGUUUCAAACAAAUUGAACGUUACAAUAAAUCACUUGAAGUGCAAGAUAUCCCGAGGACUUAAUUUGUGUGAAGAUCUAUUUGAAGUAGGUUUAUUAAGAUGUGAUCGGUAAUAAAUUGAAUUGGAAAGCAAGGUUGAAUGAGGUUUACCCAGUGCUAGUAAUUUCAGUGAGAGAGAAUUAUAGGCUACUGAAAUGUAGCCUACCCAAUUGCGGGAUAUAUAAAUAACAUGGAAAUACAG